UGGCAACUUCAGGGGUGAGAACCCCAGCUGAUGAUAUUGCGCGUAAGAACGCGUUAUGCGACUUUAUUUCGCUGCAUCAUCAACAAACAGCAAACCAACUUCAUAUUGUUGUUCCCGGUUGUGUGAACUGCAUCGAAGUUGUGAGCGUCUUCGCGUGUCGAGAUAUACUAUAUAACCAUCACGAUGUCGGGGAAACACAGACAAUCCACGGUCCUGGCCGAUGCUAGUAACCGCGCCAAUAUUUCAAUUGUACCGCCCGUUACUGUCUACAAGACACCAGCCAACAGCUCUAUAGUUACUCCUAUGCCCAGUUCCGCACAAUUGAUGGCCGUAACCGGCGCAAAUCGGCCAGCGCCCAAGCCGUCGGGGCCCGCAGCCAAGCCGGCAGCAGCACCGAUACCUAGUGUCGCGGGCAACGCCCCGAAAACUGCGGCUGUCGCUAGUAAGAAGCGCAAAGCUGAGACUACGUUAGAAGAGGAUAUCGCGGCUUACAAGCAGAACCUGGAUCACAUCAUCAGUCCCCAUGCCUUCGAAGAUGACCCCAUGCCCAGCUGUAACGCCGUGCGCGGGAAGAUCAACAAGCUCCUCGACUCGGGCAUUAUGAACAAGGCGGAGUUCGCCAAGGUCCUCGGGUCUACUAACGCGAAUACGCUGAACAGAUUCUUACAUGCAACUGGCCCAAUGGGAGGCUCCGGGAGUAGCAUGUACUACAAUGCGUGGGUGUGGUUCAAGCAGCGCGAGUACGCCAAGAUCAAGAUGCCGGACGUCAAGAAGCGGCAGAAGCUCGAAGUCGACGCUGCCACUGCCGCCGCUGGGCCGUCAAAUACAACAACAACAACAACAACAACAACAACAACAUCAUCGUCCAACGGGAACCCCAGCUCGACAGCGAAGAUGAUUGCGUCCUCUGUCGCAGGACUACCCGAUAUCAGCGGGAUCCAUCUCGAGGGCGAGGAAACGGACGACGUCCCCGUCUACGACACCUGCGACGACAUCCGGAAGAAGAUCAACGCGCAUCUGAAGACGCCCGGGCUCACGCAGACGCAGUUCUGCCGGGACAUCUACGCGCAACUGCGCGCGCCCAAGUGCAAGGGCAUCCAGUCGAAGCAAUUGGCCGACUUCCGCGCCCUGAAGGGCGCCAACGCGGGCGCCAAGAGCUCCGUCUUCUACGCUGCCUACUGUUACUUCGAGAAGCUGCGCGUCGCGCAGGGUAAGCCCAAAACUGCGCAUCGGUUGACUAUGGAGACCCUCUGGGCUGCUGAUGGGGGCUUCGAUCGCGAGAACGAUCAUCGCACCACUUACUUUUUUCUAGGUGCUGGAGACUCCGCGACUAUUGACCAGUACGGCAGGAUGGGGUAGAGCAUGGUUAUGGGUUCUUUUGAUGCGCGGCAUUGUGAACGGGAGUGUAAAGCGCUUGGUUCUUGGGUUUAGAUUAUGUCCGCGAGGAGGAAUGCUUGGGUUUGGCGUUGCUCAUUUCUGAGUUGUGAGUUGGUGUUUCGCAAGGUUCAAUAUCGGGACUGCACGACGUUAAGGGAAUGAGUGUUAGUUGUAAUUCUUCGGAAAUGUCUAUUCAUCUGUAGGAUCGGUUGACGUCAGGUCACUUCAUCGGAACAUUUCCUCAUCUAGUCUCAAGUCCAAGGCUACGUGCUAUAGGUGUUCUCAAAUUCCGCCUAUCGUGGGUUGGCUGAAGAACAGAAGUUGUCGUGCUUAGGUAAGUUGGUUCACUGGUCACCUCUCUUUAAGGCACCAGUCAGUUACCGCUUGCCUAAUUAAUGUUUUCCUAUUUC